AGUAUCUGCCGAGUGGGUGAACAUUAACACACAGAGGCAGGAUCCGAAUGUCGUGUUCACAGAUGAGACUCGUGGCUCUGGCUGUGGUGUGUGGCCUGAUCGUCGGCCAGGAUGCAGGGAGUGAGGGGGAAGCUCGGCCAGGAUAUGGCUCGGCACAAAGGACACAAGCAACAGGAUCUGUCCUCUCUGCGCUCAGGAGGAGGACUGAGGCCGACCUGGUGGAGGAGCCCAGCCUGUGUCUCUCCCUGAGGGAGAACGAGGAGCAGAAGCAGCUGCUGUGCAACGACCGCAGGAGUAAAUUCAACUACAACCCGUUAACCCUUCGCUUUGGGAAACGCUACAUGUACAGGAGGGCAGUCAAAAGAGCCCGGACAAAUAAUUUCUUCCCCCUUUCUCUGUUCCCACGAGAACUGGAGGUGCCCACCUGAGAGAGAUGAGUCUUUUCCGUAUGUGUGUACAAGAUCUCAUCAUGUUCCCCUGAAUAAAACUUUUAUACC